ACACACUUGGGCCCAAUCUCCUGUCAACAAGCCUUUUCUCUUGUUUGUUGACACACUCUUUGAAUACUGGGAGAAUAGUGCAGAGUGUAGAAAUGAGCGGUCUACGAAAUGCAGCAACGAGAACAUCCCUUAACGGGCAGUUCACCCCGAUCUUGAGGCCUUCAUUGCGGACGGCAGUCUACAGACAAUUAUUUCAGCAUAUCAAAGCCUCGAAUCUCCACUCCUUUUCAAUCCAUUCCUCAAAGUCUACAUCUUUAUUACGGCCAGCAGCGUUGCGAUCACAGUUUCUGCCACAAGAAGUUAAAACAGGCUUUGGACCUGCCUCUGCCAGAAGCUUUCAUCAAGGGUCACGGCUAGGACAAGAGAAAGAAGCCAAGUCUGCGCCGAAGGAAGAGACUGCUACCGAAGAAGACGCUGCGAAGAAAGCUUCAAGCGAGAACGCAGACUCCGCCACUGGGGAAGAGAAAGCCAAGGAAGAAAACACAGGCGAAGGGGAGGGCGAGGGCAAGAAGAAAGAAGAGAAGGAAGCGCCACCUCCCCCACCGCCUCAUGGAGACAAAUCCCCAUGGCAAGUUUUCACUGAGACUCUGCAGACCGAAUUCAAGGCCUCCAAAGAAUGGAACGAGUCCACCAAAGCUCUUGCUGCUGGAGCUCAGCAGUUCACCGAGAACGAGUCUGUACGACGAGCAAGAGAGGCAUAUGAGAGGUCAACAGGGGCAGUAUCAUCUACCACUGCGAAAGUUCUGAAAAAUACCGCUGGUGCUGUUGGCAAAGGUGCUGCUUGGACUUGGGAGACACCUGUAGUGAAGGCCGCGAGAACGACUGUCAAUGCGACUGCGAGUGUGAUUGAGAAGGGCACGCGACCAAUCCGAGAGACAGAAGCGUAUAAAAAUGUCAAGAACGUUAUCGAUGAUGGCAGUAGCUCAAGAUACGGAGGUUGGGUCGAGAAGGAGGAGCGCAGAAAGAAGAGGGAGCUUUGGGAGAAAGAGGAAGCAGAGAGACUGGGAACAGGCGGCAAGCGGGCUGAAGUCGCACAAGAAGAUCCGGAUGCCGGUACAAAUGUUACUCUCCAUAAAGAUGCCGCUUGGAAGGAAUCAUGGCGAGACUUCCGCGACUCUAACAAGCUUAUGCAAUCCCUCUUCUCUCUCAAGUCGAGCUACAACGAAUCGGAAAACCCGUUGAUCUCCACAGCACGAAGCAUCUCCGAUCGCGUUGCUGGCUUCUUCGCAGAGAACGAGACAGCAAUGGUUAUCAAGAAAUUCAGAGAGAUGGACCCAUCUUUUCAAAUGGAACCAUUUCUCCGGGAAAUGCGCGAAUACAUCCUCCCCGAAGUUCUUGACGCUUAUGUAAAGGGUGAUACCGAAACCUUAAAGCUUUGGCUCUCAGCUGCUCAAUUCCAGGUUUACGAUGCUCUGACCAAGCAAUACACUACAGCUGGUUUGAAAUCAGAUGGGCGAAUUCUUGACAUUAGACAUGUCGAUGUCUUGUCAGCGCGUAUCCUAGAGCCCGGAGACAUUCCAGUGUUUAUUGUAACAUGCAGAACACAAGAGGUACAUGUCUACAGGAACGCGAAGACCAACGAAUUGGCCGCUGGUAUGGAAGAUAGGGUUCAACUGGUCACAUAUGCCAUUGGCGUCACGAGAGUGCCAGAAGAUGUCAACAACCCCGACACAAGAGGAUGGCGACUUAUCGAGUUGCAAAAGAGUGGAAGGGAUUACAUAUGAUCUCACUACCACACUUAAAAGCACAAGGACCUAAUGAGAAGGUACAGCAAGGAUUGAUUCAGCAUAGCGUUGAAAAUACGGCAGUGAGGGCUAAUUGUAUGUGUAUAUGGCGCACGGUGUUUUGAUUCGAGGUUCAUGAGGUCAUCUUGACCCUGGAUAUGGGAUUGCCCGACACUGGAACUGUUUAUUGAUCAGAUCAGAAGAUCUUUUGUAUGCUAUGGGAUGAGAUCCUGCACGCCACUCUUCUGACGCCACUCUACUAAAGUACCUACGGGC